GUAAACCUGAGAGUCGCUCUCCAGUCACGCGCCGGGCAUUGAGUGAGGUGCGCGUGCGACGCCGCGCCGCACACUUUCAAUUCGACAUUUUCUAAAGUGAAACAAAAGUGUUGUGCUUCAGUGAUACUCGUAUCGAUACAUUAUCGUUACCCAUCAGUACACAAUACGUGAAGUGAUGUGCGGUGACAUGUGAAUACCGUGCGUUACCUUUGCCAAAUAGAGAUUGCAUUUUUAUGUAGCGUCACGAUGGGCAGCGCGGUGCGAUGACACGCGCGGCGCUGGUGGCUCUCGUGCUGGUGGUGACGGCGUGCGGUGCGCGCGCGCAGCUGAGGCCGGCCGACGCGCCGCCCGCUGUCAACGACACACGAUGUGGUGCGGAAUGCGUGCGAUGCGCGGCAGACGGCUGCGUGAAGUGCGCUCGCCUGCUCGUCUGGCCCGGAGGCACCUGCGCCCAAGACUGCCCUUCUGGGACCCGGGAGUCCUGGGCCCAUGACGACCAUCUCAUGGGCCGGGUCUGCUAUCCCGCUCACACUUAUAAUGAGGUAUUAGUAGGCAGCGCGUGCGGUGCUGUGGCGUGUAUCGCGCUCGUAGCAGCCGGCGCUGCGUAUGCUCGGUGCCGGACGAAUGCUCGCGCGCGCGCGCAGCCGCUGCCGCAGCGGCCGGGGCAAGACGACGACACGCGGCUCAGGGAGUUCCAUAAACAAUUGGAUUGUUUGCGACCUCACGCAUACACUUUAUUGGCGAUCCUGAACCACACUCGUAAUCAAGUCCGAGAGCUCUACCAACUGGGGAACAACGAUGCUGCAAUGGCUUACAGUUGCGUACUCAGUGAUCUGGCGAAGCUGCUCAUACUCCUAAAUAAGCAACAUGUACCAGUGGUCCCGGAGGAGUGGCCGCGACUGGCCAGUUGGGCAGAGAGGAUUCUAAAGCGGUACAACAGAUCAGGUGUGAGUCAACCGCCACAGGAGGAGCAGCUCGUUAACAUCCAGCCUGCAUCACCAAGCCAAGGUUCCGACUCGGAAACCACUCAGCAGUCUUUCUCCACGUUCAAGCCGCCUUCAUAUUCCCCUACGUCAUAUGACAGCAACAUUGAGAAAGAGCUAGAGAGCCAGUGCGAGUGGAGUGACGUUGGUCGACCUCCCAGUUAUACCCAAAUCGAGAGAGAACGGGAGAGAAACAGAGAAACCAUCGUUCUCUCCGAUCCUUGGGAGAGAAGGCCUAUCGUGAGGCGAGAGAGUGUCUGGCUUGAAGACGAACUCUUCGAAAUGACGAGACGACCGCAAGACGAACUUACUACCGAACUAUAAAUGCAAUAUUCUGAUAGUAAAACCCACCACACUUAAUACCCCAUAAAAUGAGCUGAACACGAACUUUAAUAGCUUUUUACGAUGUUCCGCAAUGUACAUUAAUAAGUUUGCUUAGAUGCUAUUUCUUAGUUCUUGAUACCAUCAAUUUAAUAUAUUGCAAAUCUGAGGAGUACAAAAUACGAUAAUUCAAAUAAAGUAUCUUAUUUUAAUAAAUGAAUGUAAGUAUUUGCAAUGGUGCUUAACUAACAGAGAAAUGGUUGAUUGAUAGUGUUAAUUCUAUUGUAAUGUAAUUAGAUAAAUAAUGAAUUUGAAUACCAUUCAGUACCUGUAGCAGUAGAUGAAAUAAGUUCGUAGGUAUUUGUUUGACCUACCCCUUAAAAUCUACAAACUCUACCUGUGAGUUUUCGCAUCUGAAAACAAUAAUUUUACAAUUUAUUUUUGGCCCAAGUUGAGAAAAAAUAACAACUGAUAUUUGGAGCCAUGCUCUGCAAUAUAACAUGUUAAGUUAUUGUAAAAAAAAACUAUAGAUACUGUAGGUUGUUAAGUAAUUUAAACCAAAGUAGGUAGUUAAUAAAUUUAGACAUCUAGUCUCACCCUGUUAAAACGAAGUUAUACCUUCUUAUAAGUGGGUAAAAUAUUUUUAUUUUUAGACGGUAUUUUGUCGUAACUUUUUCUUAACUUACGAUAUCUCACUUU